CAAACAGGAAAGAGGCGUAUUUGUUCUUUAACCUUCGGUACAGGGAAACUACUUCAUUGUUUACUCACUGAAAGAGGAUAUUCAUUAUCAGAUGUAAGGCUACCAGGUUGGAGGAAAAUCGCCAUAAUUAACCAUUAACCAGUAAUUAACCAAUUGACAAUGAUGUCCGAAUGCGACCCGACAGAGACAAGCGAACCGGUGCUGGACAUUGGAUUGACAGCGGUUGACAAACAGGAACCUCAAAACUUUGACUUUUCAGGCCCUGCAAAUAACUCAUUCAACGAGACGGUCAGUUUUGAGGUUUCGGGAAAUCCCGGAGUAGCCGUUCGCAUUUCAGCAUCUCGUGAAAGUGUCUUGACUGAGCUUGAGACUGACGGUUCCGGGGAAGAGGCUCUAUUAUUACCUUGUUUAACAAGCUCAUCAUCUCAUUGGGGCGUUCGAGAGAAGCGAGGCAAGCGAAUCAGACACGGUUCGUCGUCGGAUAGAGACACCGUGGCCUUCCCAGGUACAAGUCAUGGGGAUUUCAACCGUUUCCUUGAUGAUCCAGAGUUUGCAGAUACUUUCCAAAUGGCAGAACAAGCUAUUGAGACUGGUGUUUUUCCAGAGAGGAUUUCCCAGGGUUCAAGUGGGAGCUACUUUGUCAAAGACUGUAAAGGGAAAAUCAUUGCUGUUUUCAAACCAAAGUCAGAAGAACCUUAUGGUCAUCUGAAUCCCAAAUGGACCAAAUAUUUUCACAAGCUGUGCUGUCCCUGUUGCUUUGGCCGAGGCUGUUUGUUGCCUAACCAGGGUUACCUCUCAGAGGCUGCUGCCUCGCUGGUCGAUACCAAGCUUGGUCUCGGAGUGGUUCCUAAGACAAAGGUUGUAUAUCUGGUCAGUGAGACAUUUCACUACAGCGCCAUUGACAGAGCAAAAUCCAGAGGGAAGAAAUAUGCCCUAGAGAUAGUCCCCAAGGUGGGAAGACGCUUCCACAGAGUGGGCCUGCCACCUAAGGUGGGCUCAUUUCAACUGUUUGUGGAGGGUUACCGUGAAGCAGACUACUGGCUGCGGCGCUUUGAGGCAGAACCUCUUCCAGAAAACAUCAGAAAACAGCUGCAGUCACAGUUUGAGCGGUUGGUAGUGUUGGACUAUGUUAUCAGAAACACAGAUCGAGGAAAUGAUAACUGGUUGAUCAAGUAUGAAAAGCCAGAAGAAAAAAGACAAGGACAAAAAGAUACAGAUUGGCCAGAGAUUUCUUCAGACUCUUGUAUCAAGAUUGCAGCAAUUGACAAUGGCCUGGCCUUUCCCUUUAAACAUCCAGACGAAUGGAGAGCAUACCCGUUCCACUGGGCCUGGCUUCCUCAGGCUAAGGUUGCUUUUUCCCAGGAGACCAGAGACCUAGUGCUGUCUCGCCUCUCUGACAUGAACUUUGUCCAGGACCUCUGUGAGGAUCUCUUUGAAAUGUUCAAGGAGGAUAAAGGCUUUGACAAAGCAAUGUUUGAAAGACAGAUGUCUGUCAUGAGAGGACAGAUUUUGAACCUGACCCAGGCACUGAAGGACGGAAAGAGUCCCAUCCAGCUGGUCCAGAUGCCAAGGGUGGUAGUCGAGCGAAGCCGUUCAGGCAGCCAUGGUCGGGUGGUCACUCUUGGCAAUGCCUUCACACAAACCUUCCACUGCAAGCGUCCAUUUUUCUCCUCUUGGUAGACAAACAUUGAUGAGGAGCAGAGAUGAGAGGAGACAUUUGGAACCUGUCUUCUUUUGUCCUAAAGUCAGAAAGUGAUUAUGGAGAGGACAAUGCAGUACUGGAAAUCGCCAUGUUUCCUUGGAAAGAUUAAAGGAUAAAGAAAGGGGAAAGAUAACAGGACAAAUGGUUUUGACUGCCCCUUCAUUAUUUUGUAAUGACAUUGAGGCUUUGGGGUAACAUGAAAAUUGGAGGGCAGCAAUACCAAUGUCUUCAAGACAUAAUGGGGUUAUUGGUGUCAGUUGUUUUUUUUCUCAAAGGUGUAUGGUUUAAAUUCUGAAAGAAAUGUUUGUUUUUUUACCUAAUCCAAUCAAGUGGUUCAGUUUCUAGCAAGAUCUAUUGGAAGGGCUAAUAGCCAGAGUAGAAGCACUUAGAGAUGACAAGCUUAACAUGUGGUUAGGUGGCGCUUGGGAAAUUUAAGAACUGGUUUUAAAGCUCUUCACAAAAAGUAUCUUGUGGUUGUUGCUGCUGCCAUUGUUUUUAUGCAUUUCUUUUGCCAGGGAUUAUUUCUUGCUUGUUUGGUAUAACAAGAAAAAAUAUUUUUUGCCUUGCGGGAUUACUUUACCAAGAGCUUUAUGCACACUUGCACUAAUAGAGGUCUUUGACUUGACACCCAUCUUUCGUCAAACCAUUCUUGUGAGGAGUGGUUUGACGAAUUACAAAUCGAAAGACUAUAUGUCACGUUUGUAUGAUAGUUCCCAAGGUAGGAUCAUUUAAAUUUUUUUUUUGUUGUUGUUACGAUUAAAUAAUUAUAUAAGAACUGUAUAUUACAACUGGAAAAUAAACUUUUUAGAAAUUUCAA